CAGUCAUUAUAAGUAAAGGCAUUUCUUUUUUUAAACGGUCGAGUGCGAACACAAUAGCGAAACCAGGAAAUGCAACCUUGGGUGAUAUUCCCACAUUGUUGUUCGCUUUUAUAGAGGUGUCACUAUUUCGGUUUGAGAGUUUCCGUGUGGAACUGAUAGAGGAACCGAUGGGAAUUAUUUGCUUUGCAAUGAAGUGGUGUCAUGAGUAGAAACCACUGGGUUUCGACUUGUGCAUGUCAGUGGGAACUUCGGGAGACAGAGCACUGACACGAAUGAAUGUCCACUGAUGUUGCAAUGUAUUCUGAUGAGGAUAACCAGAAUUAUGAGGACUGGAUGUCAAGUUUGCCCGAGGAGCUGUGGGAUGUGCCUCUUUCAAGUCUCGCCAUACCAGGAAGUCAUGAUGCUAUGAGCUACUCCCUGGACAUCAACUCUCCUCUGAUCCGCUCUGAGUCUGACACCUUUAGACUCCUGGAUGGUCUCUUCUACUGCGUCACCAGACCUGCUAUCUACAGAUGGUCUACCACGCAGGAAAAAGGUAUUGUGGAACAGCUAUCAGAGGGGAUUCGAUACUUCGACCUCCGAAUCGCCCACAAACCGUACGACCCGUCCAACGAACUGUAUUUUACACAUGUCAUUUACACUCAUCUGACAGUGGUGGAAACGCUGAGGGCUGUAGCCUCGUGGUUGGAGUCUCACUCCAGGGAGGUUGUCAUCCUAGCAUGCAGUCACUUUGAAGGACUCAACGACAAACUACAUGAACAUUUAAUUUUCUCACUGAAGAAAAUCUUUGGGUCUAAACUCUGUCCUCGCAAGGAGACAGUGGUGACCCUGCGUGGUCUGUGGGCAUUGGGUUACCAGGUGCUGCUGUCGUAUGAUGACCAGUCAGCAGCACGACACCAGGCUCUGUGGCCAGGUAUACCGUACUGGUGGGCCAACCAAUACACUGCCAGCGGGGUGGUCAGCUAUCUGGACUGGCAGAAAGACAUGGGACGCCCAGAUGGUUUCUUUGUGUCUGGUCUGAACCUGACGGCUGACCGCUCCUACAUCGCGCUGCACCCCCGUCAGUCCCUGCAGACCCUAACUCUGGCUAACUGGAAGGAGCUGAGGCCGUGGCUGGAGGAACAGGUCCCUGGACCACACCCUAACAACCUCAACAUCAUAGCAGGAGACUUUAUAGGACCUGUCCCCUUCUGUCCUCUGGUCAUCAACCUCAAUAGAAAACUGUUACGGCAGCAGAGGAUGGAUGAGAGGACUCUUAGAGGAGAGGAUGGAUGAGAGGACUCUUAGAGGAGAGGAUGGAUGAGAGGACUCUUAGAGGAGAGGAUGGAUGAGAGGACUCUUAGAGGAGAGGAUGGAUGAGAGGAGUCUUAGAGGAGAGGAUGGAUGAGAGGAGUCUUAGAGGAGAGGAUGGAUCAGAGGAGUCUUAGAGAGAAUGGAUCAGAGGAGUCUUAAAGGUGAGGAGGACUGACCGACCUACAGAUGAGAAAUAAAAUACCUGGUUUAGGGAGUAAUUCCGUCAAAAAUAAGUAAUUCAAAGAGAACAGAACUGCUACAUCAGCAAAGUUAUAACAGAGGACAACCAGUCAUGAUUUGGUUUCACUGGGAAUCAGACAGACCACAGAAAGUCAUUCCAUUCACACCCCGUGACUUUUUACACAUUUUGUUACAGCCUGAAUUUAAAAUGGAUUAAAUUGAGAUUGUGUCACUGGCCUACAUAAUACCACUUUGACAUGAUGUGGUAUUAUGUUUUUAGAAAUGAAUUAAAAAUGAAAAGCUGAAAUGUC